AUGGCUCCAACCAAAUCCGCCUCGAAGGUUGGAAAAAGCCCAGCCAAGCCAAAGGAGCCCAAAGACUCCGAUUUGAAGAAGCAGCUCUUGUUCCUGUGGGCCUGCCACAAGGUCUCGAAUGGUCAACUCAACUCGCAGAUCGACAUCCCAGCAGUCGCCAGAUACUUUGGCAUCAAGAACAAUGCUGCCCAGAUGAGAUUCAAGCGCAUGAAGAAGAAGCUUGAGGAACUGGAAGCAUCCGCCAAAAGUGAUGAAGAAACACAUGCGCCCAAGUCCAACGAUGAUGAUCACAAGGUUCAGACCGAGGAGCUGACCUACGAAGCCAAUACCGGGGAUGAAGGCGAUGCCAUGAAUGAAUAA